GCCACUGCAGGGGUGGAGGAGAGGAGCCGGCCGGGCCCACGCGCCUGCCGACCGCUGGGGGAGAGGCUCAGCCGCGGGUGGGACCACUGCGCCCGCCCACGGGGACCCCGCGCCGGGCUCAGCCCUGGAGCGCGCCGGGGGACAGUUGGAGUUCCGCAUGGCCCGAAGCCCAGAGGCGCUGCUACUGCCGCCUCUGAUUCUCCUGCUGCUGGUGACUCCUGCCCAAGUCUCCCCCGAUUACCAUUACUUCGGUGAAGAGGGCAAAGGCGACACCUGGGAGCAACUGCAGCUGCAGCAUCAGGGGAAAGACGUGGAGGACUCACUCCUUGGCCCGUGGGGAAAGUGGCUCUGUCUUUGCGACCUGGGCAAGCAGGAGCGCAGCCGAGAGGUGCUGGGCACGGCGCCGGGCCCGGUGUUCAUGGACCGCGAGAACCUGGUGCAAGUGCGGCCCUGCGGGCAACGGGAUUGUUCCUCCUGCAAGCCCAUCGACUGCGACUGGAGGCCCUGAGCCCGGGUGACAGACGGGCGCAGAGGAGGCUGGACCGCUCCAGAAACCCCGGAGCGGAGCUUCGAAAGCGACCCCGCCCACCCGUUACCCAAACUUUGAGCUAGGCAGUGGGCCUCGAGAACUACAAUUCCCAGAAAGCGGCACGGCAACGGCGUCGGCUUCGUAAACGUCAACGGCGGCGGGAGCGUCGGGGGCGUGUCCUGUGCUCCGAUUGGCCGGGAGCGGAGCCACCGAGGAGCUCCCGAAAAACGCGCGCCUAAGCUGCGCCUUCAGACCUCGUUUCUGUGGCUGGUGGCGGCGACCAAAGUGGCAUGGAUCUCAGCGAGCUGGAGAGAGACAAUACGGGCCGCUGUCGCCUGAACUCGCCUGUGCCCGCGGUGUGCCGCAAGGCACCCUGCGCCCUGGGCGUCGAUGAAGCGGGCCGGGGCCCUGUGCUGGGCCCCAUGGUCUACGCCAUCUGUUAUUGCCCUCUGUCGCGCCUGACAGAUCUGGAGGCCCUGAAAGUAGCAGACUCAAAGACUCUGUCGGAGAGCGAGCGGGACAGGCUCUUUGCGAAAAUGGAGGAGGACGGGGACUUUGUGGGCUGGGCACUGGACGUGCUUUCUCCGAACCUCAUCUCUACCAGCAUGCUUGGGCGGGUCAAAUACAACCUGAACUCCAUGUCCCACGAUACAGCUGCUGGGCUGGUGCAGUAUGCGUUGGACCAGGGUGUGAAAGUCGCUCAGGUAUUCGUGGACACCGUGGGGCUACCAGAGACAUAUCAGAAGCGGCUGCAGCAAUGCUUUCCCGACAUUGAGGUGACAGUCACGGCCAAGGCAGAUGCCCUCUACCCCGUGGUCAGUGCUGCCAGCAUCUGUGCCAAGGUGGCCCGCGACCAGGUUGUGAAGAACUGGCAGUUUGUGGAAAAACUGCAGGACCUGGACAUUGAUUAUGGCUCCGGCUACCCCAAUGAUCCCAAGACAAAGGCGUGGUUGAGAAAGCAUGUGGAGCCCAUCUUUGGUUUUCCUCAGUUUGUCCGGUUCAGUUGGCGCACGGCCCAGAGCAUCCUGGAGAAGGAGGCGGAAGUCGUUACUUGGGAGGACUCUCCAACAGAGGAGGAUCAGGUGGGACACGGGAAGAUCACAUCCUACUUCAAUGAAGGCCACCGGACCCGCCCCCGCCUCCCCCACCGGUACUUCCAGGAGCGGAGCCUGGAGUCGGCCACCACUCUCUAGGAGCCAGCCUCUCCCCCUCCCCACAGUUUGUGAUUAAAAUUACUUAA